GCUUACAGUGACCUCACAUCUGAGUGUGUUAAAACAACAGUACCAGGUAAGCGGCGGUGAAGGCGUGGCUGGAGGGUCUAUUUGAUAAAACACAGAAAAAAGAUACGCAGAGACAAGCUGCUAAAUGAAAAAGGGAACAAAGUAGAGAUAUAUAAAAUCAGGAAGGAGGUAAAAAAAGAGAACCAGAGAAUAUAGUAGUAGGAUGGACGCCACAGCGGUUGCAAGGAUGUGGAACGAGACGGAUCCUCUGAGAAAUGAUACCUUUUCUUGUGCGUCCCCUUCUGUGGAGGGCUACCGUUAUUUUGGCGUCCUCUUGGGAUCGGCUGUGACCAUAGUAGGAACCAUAGGGAAUAUUCUGACGGUGCUCGCCUUUGCUACUGAUGUCAACCUGAGGACGCGUUUCAACGUUCUGAUAGUAAAUCUUGCCUUCGCUGACCUCCUAUACUGCACCAUGCUCCAACCUGUCAGUGUUGACUCGUAUCUGCACCUGCACUGGAGGGGCGGAGCCACAUGGUGCCAGAUGUUUGGAUUCCUACUGUUCCUGUCCAACAGCGUGUCUAUUAUUACAUUAUGCCUCAUCGCUAUGAGCCGUUACCUGGUUGUUGCGCAUCGCACCUCUCGCUGUGCCCGUCUGCUCCUAUCCCACCGUGGAGUGGCGGUGCUCCUCAUCUCCUCCUGGGUACUAGGUGUGGCCAGUUUCGGCCCACUUUGGCCUGUCUACGUGUUCGCCCCGCAAGUGUGCACCUGCAGUUUUCACCGCACUAAGGGCCGGCCUUACACCACUGUGCUUCUUUUCAUGUACUUCUUCCUGGGCUUGGGUUGCGUGGGUCUUUUUUACUUUCUGAUUUACCGUAAGGUGAGCGUAGCCGCCAAAGCAUUCCUGAAGUACAGGCCCAGUCGUCGCUCAUCAAAACGCAAGCAGGCUGAAGCCGAAGGGACGACGGAUGACAGCGGGAUCAGCGCCACAGCCUCAACAACUCAAAGCUGUGAGAUCAGCAGUGAUGGGGCGGGAGCAGAGCAGCAUAAAAACAGAGCGCAAGAAGGCCACACAACCACACAAGAGUCAAAAAACUCCAUUCAAAGUGCCUCCAAUGAGGUAAAAACAUCUUCUAAACCAGCCCGGGUAGUAAUCCAGACCACUCCAGCUGCCAACUCAGGAGAGGACAGUGAAUUUAAACGCGUGACUCGGAUGUGUUUCACAGUCUUUUUGUGUUUUGUUGGCUGCUUUGCACCAUUUCUGCUGCUAAAUGUUGCCGAUAAGGCAAAUCGCGCACCACAGGUCGUUCAUAUGUUUUGUGCAAACCUCACUUGGUUAAAUAGUUGCAUUAACCCUUUGUUGUAUGCCGCCAUGAACCGGCAGUUUAACCAGGCCUACAAAGACCUACUAAGCAAAGCUGUACAUCCACUAACCUGGAUAUGGAGAACCCGCCGUUUCACAAUAAAGCGAUAAUGAAGAAGUCAUUUCAAUCCGAAUAUGACCUAAAGCUACUGCUUUUUAAAGGGGUUAGUUCACCCAAAAAUAAAAUGUAUGUCAAUAAUUACUCACCCUCAUGUCGUUCCACACCGUAAGACCCGUAAUGUUCAGAACAUGAAUUAAGAUAUUUUUGAUGAAAUCCAAGUUGUUUUUUAUCCCCCAUAGAAAGCAAUGUAAUUCCGUCAUUCAAGGUCCAGAAAAGACAUUGUUAAAAUAGUCAAUGUGACAACAGUGGUUCAACCUUAAUAGUAUGAAGCGACGAAAAUUUGUUUUGUUUUUGCACACAAAAAGUAAAUAACGACUUGCGCGGACAGCCUCGGCCAAUGCCGAGCCGGCGUUUGGACGUAAAUACGGAAGCGCUGAACUGCGUUCACUGCGUACAAGUCUGACAGAAGAAAUUGUUGAAUAAAGUCGUUAUUUUUGUUUUGUUUUUGUGCACAAAAAGUAUUCGCAUCGCUUCAUAACAUUAAGGUUGAACCACUGUUGUCACGUUGACUAUUUAACAAUGUCUUUACUACUUCUCUGGACCUUGAAUGUGGUAAUUUCGUUGCUUUCAAUCGGAGAUUAAAAAAAAACUUUCAGAUUUCAUCAAAAAAUAUCUUAAUUUGUGUUCCGAAGAUGAGCAAAGGUCUUGCAGGUGUGGAUUAAUGACAGAAAUGUCAUUUUUGGGUGAACUAACCCUUUAAGUGAUUUUGCUCUGUAUAUGUUCAGUAACUUCACAUAUUAUGUAUAAUGAAAUAUGGCACUCGUUGCACAUUUAUUCUGUGGAGAACAUCACAGUUCUCAGGUUUAUCUUUGUUCAAUUUCAACAGCUGUGAUUUUCAUGUAUUUUUAUAUUCCAUUUUAUUUUCCAUUCACUUUAUAUAUUGUCAGAUAGAUUGUACUUUUAAAUGUAGCUAGUCUUUGACUAUAGGUCAUGGUCCGUAAGCAUUUCUUUUUCAAGCAGUGGGAUUUUCCAGCUCUAUCAAAGUUCGGAAAGAAAACGUGUCAUGUGGCUUUUCACUGCAAAUGCACAAAAUUUCUCUUUCAUUUCCCCUUUUUUUUUUUUUUUUGAUUGCACAUAAGCAGAGUAACUAUGUGUGACACCACAGGAAUGAUUCAUAAUCAUGUAAAAAAAAAACGCUUGUAACCACACGCACAAAUGAACAUGGAAAUUUAAAGCGGGGUGAUAGAGAAAACAAGAACAGACAUGCCUCACUGCUUCAUUUAUUACCUCAUAUAUGAAACCACAAGAGUUUCUUAAGUCCUGUUUUGUUUCCUGUGGUGUUUACAUUUUGAUAUAUACCGUUUAAGCUGGGCCUCUAGCAUGUGAAAUAAGAAGCUGAAUUUAUGAAUUUAUUAUUUUAAAGGAUUAUUUGUGCAGUUCCUCAAAAUGUUGGUGGAUCUGUAAUGUGUGUUGCACAUCAUAUCAGUGUUCUACAAUUAAAACAUGAAAGAUAACUCAUGUAUUUUUCUGAAUCUGUUUCUUUUGAAAUAGAGUAACUUAAAAUAUAAAGUCAGCAAAAAUGCUUUAUGUGGCAGAGAAAGUAUACAUACUUGCUCGUGACAUGAUGGCUAAUGGAGAUUAUUUCUUUUCUCCUCACUUUCCUGUGUGGUUCUGUAAGAGACUAAAAAGAACAAAAGUAAAGCAAAUAAUGCUUUUCUUCUGGUUCUACAGAGAUUAUUUUAUUUUAUUAUGUUUUAUAUUAAUAUCUCAUUUCAUCUUCCUUUUUUUUAGUGCUGAACUUGCACACACAUACAAAACCGUCAGUUUCACAAGUCCAGACGAGUGUUCCUGACUGCCUAAUCUGUAAAAAUUCCUAACAUUGCAACAAAUGAAGAACCAUAACACAAAUGACGUCAAAGCUGAGGUCAAACUGAAUUUAGAAAUUUGAGGUCAAAAUACUGGGUAUCAUGCUCAUGAAUCAUCUCAAAAUGGCCCACAAGAUUUGGUUAUUAUAUUAUUUGUGGAAUCACUGUUUAAAAAAAGUCAUAAAUCACCAAUUCCAAAUCUAGUUUGCAAGUCGAUACGAAAUGCGUGUGUACAGUGGAACAUGUGACAGAUCUAAUUUUGGCCCUGUGUAAGAAAACAGAUACUAUCUUGUUCACCAAUCUGGUUUUACCAAUUUGUUAACACAAUAUCUCACCACUCUGUUAUGGGACUGUAAAAAACAGUCUGCCUGAUCAGAUACAGUGGUGGUCAGAAUUAUUGGCACCCUUGGUAAAUAUGAUCAAAGAUGACUAUAAAAAUAAAUCUGCAUUGUUUAUCCUUUUGAUCUUUAAUUCAUAAAAUUAGCAAAAAUCUAACCUUUUAUUGAAGGAAAAGAAUUGAAAGUGGGGGGAAAAUCACAUUAUGAAAUAAAUGUUUUUCUCCAACACACUUUGGCCACAGUUAUUGGCACCCCUAGAAUUUUUUAUGAGUAAAAUAUCUCUGAAGUAUAUUCCCAUUCAUAUAUAAACAUGAGGAAACACAAAGGCCAAGUUCUCUUAAUCAUUCAUCACAAUGAGAAAAACCAAAGAAUAUAGUUCUGAUGUGCAGCAAAAGAUUGUUGAGCUUCACAAAAUAGAAAAUGGCUGUAAGAAAAUAGUUAAAGCAUUGAAAAUCCCCAUUUCCACUAUAAGGGCAAUAAUUAAGAAGUUCCAAUCAACUAAAGAUGUUACAAAUCUGCCUGGAAGAGGACGUGUGUCUAAAUCGUCCUAAUGCGUGGUGAGGAGGAAGGUUUGAGUGGCCAAAGACUCUCCAAGGAUCACAGCUGGAGAAUUGCAUAGAUUAGUUGAGUUUUGAGUCUCAGAAAGCCUAAAGAAAAUUAUCAAACAGCACCUACUGUCACAGUUCCCUUGUCUCCCGGACUCCAUUUCCCAUGAUCCUCCUGUCUCCACACCUGCACUCACUUCCCUCGUCAUCUCCCCAUCAGCACUCAUCACCUGCACCUGGACUUCCUCAUCAGCACUCCCUAUAUAAUGGACUCACUCCCUUCACUCCCUGUCCGUUCUUAAUGUUAUGUUAUUGUUAGCUUUCCGUGUGUUAGUGUUGUGUUUCUGUUCCUACGGUCAUUAAAUACCCGUACUUUGUGGAUUACCGUGUAUUGCCUCAUCCCUGCAGCACCACACGUAACACCUACAUCCCCACAAGUUGUUUGGGAGGGUUACAAGAAAAACCCUCUGCUCUCAUCUAGAAACAAUAUCCAGAAUAUUCAGUUGUCAGACAAGACUGGAACUUCAAACAGGACUGGCUUCUAUGGUCAGAUGAAACUAAAAAAAGAACUUUUUGGCAGCAAACCCACCAGAUGGGUUUGGUGCACACAUGGAUAAAAAGUACCCCAUGCCCAUGGUUAAAUAUACUGCUGGAUCUUUAAUGUUGUGGGCCUUUAAUUUUUCUGCUGGAGGUCCUGGACAUCUUGUUCAGAUACUUGGUAUCAUGGAUUCUAUCAAAUACCAACAGAUAAAAAAUCAAAACCUGACCGCUUCUGCUAGAAAUCCAAUAAUGGGCCGUAGUUGGAUCUUCCAUCAGGACAAUGAUCCAAAACAAACAUCAAAAUCAACACAAAAAUGUGUCACUAAGCACAAAAUUAAGCUUCUGCCAUGGCCAUCCCAGUCCCCUGACCUGAACCCUAAAGAAAAUGAGUGGGGUGAACUGAAGAGAAGAAGCACCAACAUGGAGCUGGGAAUCUGAAGGAUCUGGAAAGAUUCUGCAUGAAGGAAUGGUCUCUGAUCUCUUGUCACGUGUUCUCCAAACUCAUCAGGCAUUAUAGGUGAAGACUCAGAGCUGUUAUCUUGGCAAAAGGAGGUUGCAAAAAGUAUUGAAUAAAAGGGUGCCAAUAAUUGUGGCCAACAUGUUUUGGAGAAAAACAUUUAUUUCAUAAUGUGAUUUUCCCCCCACUUUCAAUUCUUUUCCUUCAAUGCAAGGUUAGAUUUUUGCUAAUUUUAUGAAUUAAAGAUCAAAAGGAUAAACAAUGCAGAUUUAUUUUUAUAGUCAUCUUUGAUAUAUUUACCAAAGGUGCCAAUAAUUCUGACCACCACUGUAAGUGUCAUGGUUUACAAACAAACAAACAAACAAACAAACAAAUUCCUGACAACCCUAUAUAUCUCAUUAGGCGUUUUAUUGGAGAACACUGAAAUAUGUUAACAGUGGUGCAAUCAUAAAAAGUCUUGAUACAAAACAAACUACAGUAUGGUUUAUUUUCUGGGACAAUGACAGUGUAUACAACACAAAACAUCAUUACAUGCAUUUGAAACAAAGUCUACAAAUUCAGGACAGAAGUGCUUAUGGGGUAACAAUGAUUCUGCAUGAUAAAGCAUGAUAAUUACUAUGAUUUGGUCAUUUCAGUGAAAAAAGAAAGAAAUAUUAAUUAUGGACCAUUUUUCUCCAAAAGAGUUCAACUGUCCAGUCUUCUUUGAUACCUAACAGAUUUAGUUGGAGGAACACGUACAGUACCUUCUAUUUGUAAACGUCUGUAAAAAAAGAAAUAGAAAGAAAUCAAGCAAUCUGUUCCUACAAAUUUCCACUCAAUUGCAUUUUUUGUCAAAAAACGAAACAAAAACAGUGCUACUCUCCUCUCCAUGUAAUCAUACAAUCAGUCUAAGAUGAAUUUUGUUCAAAUAAAUUACAAAGAAAUUAAAACAAAUAUAAAGUUUUUUUUUUUUCCAGCAAGAUAAAGGAAUCUGCAUUCAACUGGGCAAACAGAACAUUUUAACUUAAUUCAACUUUCAAAGUAAUAGAAAAUCUAAGUGUCUAUAUUACUGUUUCCAUUUUUACAGAAGUUAAUUGCAGUAUCUGAUUAAUCAAAACUUUGUAACUGACAACUCCAUCCAGUACUGGAAACAAGAAAAUUAAGUAUUGUCUUGAAGUUUGGUAAUUUAAUAAAAGCUAUCAAAUCUCUUUUUAAAUGAUUAGAGCUAUUAAAAAAAAAAAAUUAAAAAAAAAUCACUUGACUCAAAAGCAAGGAAUUAAAGUACUUUUCUAGUCUCAAUAGUGGUUAUACAAAAUGGAAAAUUACCAUAAAAAGACAAAAAAAAAAGUGUCUCAAAUCCUAGGGUAAUCCUGUUCAUCAAAACAAUGAUUAGACAUUCAUUAUUUUACAUAAAAUGAUAAAUUUUAAGGUGGAAUUUAGUGCAAUGCCAGCUAUUCAUUGGCAAAUAUUCCCUAUAGAUGCAACAAGAAUAACCUUGUUUUACUAAGACUACAAUCAUAGUAUUGUCGUUGAUGCCUUUAAAUGUAAUUGAUAACAUUUAAUCCAAGCACUGUAUCUCUUUUUAAGGUGCUCUUUUAAAAUGCAAAGACAUUUUUCAUGUGUUUUGCAGUUUUUAAAACUUUCACUGCUUACUUAGAGAGUUUAUUCUAGUGAUAAAUACACACACAGAGAAAUCAGACCACAGAUAUGGCUUUUCUGUUCACGAGAUGCUUUUCAAAACAUUAGCUCAAAGCUACUGCCUGAUUCACAUUACUAAAGGUGUUUGACACAUUAAUAAAGUUGAUCACUUUCACUAUCAAAUUACCUCUCUCCAGUAAGUCCCAGUUAAUUAAAAGAAUACAAACUGUCCUUUCAACCUGCAUAAAAGUUUACUUGGAUCAUAAAUCCAUUUACUUGGAUCAUAAAAGCAUGAUCAAUACUCAUAUAGUAGAAAUAUGUAUAUUUACUUUUUUUUUUAUUUUUUUUUUUACAUAAAAA